AUUUCUAAUCAUGGAAAAACAAACCGGAUAAGAUGCUCGUCUUUUAGCAGCUUUCGUAUUCUCCGCCUGUUAGCUAGGCUGGCGUAUCAAUUGAGAACGGCUCAACCCAUUCGAUGAUGCCAUUGCUUGCUAUCUCCGCGUAACCCCGCAUUGAGAACCCCAGAAAGGCCGAUGCGGAUACAGGUUCCAUGUCGUCACAAGCAUCGCGAUGGCGGCCCAUUUCGCAGAUCGACCCACCGUUGCCCAGGCAAGCUCUCCCGCCAAGGGGACUGCCGUCAUAAUAAACGUUACCAUAUCCCGCGACUCCCGCCCUGCUCCCUCCUCCCGGCAGCUCACCGUUGUUCCCCUCCCUCAUCAAAGCCGGCCCAAUUCGCAUCCAGAAGACGCCCAUCAUGUCUGACGGCCCAAUUGUUCCCACGGCCUACGAGCCCAAGAACAUGAAGUUCCGCUACCUCGGCAACACGGGUCUGCAGGUUUCUCUCUUCUCGCUCGGUGGCUGGCUCACCUACGGCGGCACUCAGAAGGGCAAUGUUGUGAAGGAGUGUCUCAAGGCUGCCUGGGACCAUGGCAUUCAAACCUUUGACACGGCCGAGACCUACGCCAACGGCGCGUCCGAGGUCGAGAUGGGCCGCGCCCUCAAGGAGCUGGGCUGGCCGCGCGACGAGUACGUGCUCACCACCAAGAUCUUCUUUGGCACCGGCCGCAAGGAGCCCAACACCCGCGGCCUGAGCCGCAAGCACAUUGUCGAGGGUCUCAAGGCCUCGCUCGCCCGCCUCCAGACCCCCUACGUCGACGUCGUUUUUGCGCACCGUCCGGACCCGGCCACGCCCAUGAAGGAGGUUGUCGAAGGCUUCACGCAAUGCAUCCGCAAUCUCAACCUGGCCUACUACUGGGGCACAUCGGAAUGGAGCGCGGCGCAGAUCACCGAGGCGAUCGGCAUCGCGGAAAAGUACAACCUCAUCGCGCCCGUCGUCGAGCAGCCGCAGUACAACGCGCUGCACCGCGAGCGCUUCGAGGUCGAGUACGAGCCGCUGUUCCGGCAACACGGCUACGGCACCACCAUCUGGAGCCCGCUUGCGAGCGGCUUCCUGACGGGCAAGUACAACGAGGGCGUGCCCGAGGGGUCGCGCUUCGCGACCAACAAGGCCUUCUUCGAGGACACCGUCAAGAUGCUGCAGAGCGAGGAGGGCAAGGCGAAAGUGGAAAAGGUCAAGAAGCUGACCAAGAUCGCCGAGCGUUUGGGAGCGACCGUCACGCAUUUGUCGUUGGCCUGGGCUGCGAAGAACCCGAACGUCAGCACGGUUAUUCUGGGCGCUACCAAGGUUGAGCAGAUCGUGGAUAACCUUAAGGCGUUGGACGUUAUUGAUAAGCUGACGCCCGAGAUUAUGGACGAGAUUGAGGGCGUGUUGGAGAACAAGCCGAAGGGAGUUGCCACUUGGGGCCGGGUCCGUGAGAAAGGUCCUGUUAGGGGUUGAAGGCACGUUUGGUGGAUGAGGUCCGAAGUUAGAAGUCCACCUAAUGUGACGAGUUGAACUUGCGAUAUAAAAAGGCAUUGGAAGAUUAU